CUGAAUGGGGAAUUCAAGAUGCAGGUGCACUGCAGUUCCCUGUGAUAUUUGCACAGCUCCGGGUGGAGUGCAGGUGCAAAGGGAAGGGGGAAGGGAGUCGCGGUGGACUGGGUACCUGGGUGGACGUGAGGCAGCCUGGCUGAGUGGACUCUCCUGGAGGUUUUCUUGCCACUCCUCACCCUGAAAUCAGACCUUUGAUCCCUAAACUUCACCAAGACUGCUUUCUGAGGUCACCGAUAACAUCUCUUAGCGAAAUCCAAAAGGUUCUACUUCACCCUGCUUUUCUUCAGCUUCUCAGUCAUCCGUUUCUGACAGUGAACCACUGAAAGAAAGGAGAACCCAAAUCAUGGCUCGAGGACUUCCCAAACAAAAGCCAAUAGAAGGUGUCAAGCAAGUCCUAGUGGUGGCUUCUGGAAAAGGGGGUGUUGGAAAGUCGACCACAGCAGUGAAUCUUGCCCUGGCGUUAACUGCAAACAAUUCGUCAAAAACAGUUGGUUUGCUAGAUGCGGAUGUUUAUGGUCCUUCCAUUCCAAGGAUGAUGAAUUUGAAAGGCAACCCAGAAUUAACAGAGAGCAAUUUAAUGAGACCUCUUUUGAACUAUGGCAUUGCAUGUAUGUCUAUGGGCUUCUUGGUUGAAGAGACUGCACCAGUCAUUUGGAGGGGGCUCAUGGUGAUGUCAGCAGUAGAGAAAUUGAUGAGGCAGGUGGACUGGGGUCACCUGGAUUAUCUAGUCAUUGACAUGCCGCCGGGAACAGGAGAUGUGCAGUUGUCAAUCUCACAGAAUAUCCCAAUUUCAGGAGCUGUGAUCGUCUCAACGCCCCAGGACAUAGCUUUAAUGGAUGCCCAAAAAGGAGCUGAGAUGUUUCGGAAAGUCCACGUGCCCGUUCUGGGCCUUGUCCAAAACAUGAGUGUUUUCCAGUGUCCGAAAUGUAAACACAAGACUCAUAUUUUUGGAGCUGAUGGGGCGAGGAAACUUGCAAAAAACUUGGGCCUUGAUGUUCUUGGAGACAUUCCACUGCAUCUUUCCAUAAGGGAGACGUCAGACUCAGGCCAGCCAAUUGUGCUUUCUCAGCCUCAUAGCGAUGAGGCCAAGGCUUAUCUGAGGAUCGCUUCGGAAGUGGUGAGGAGAUUGCCGCCUUCUGGGUGACCUCCCAUGGUUAUGCCAGGAAAAUGGGUCAGCCUUGGCCCAUACACUGAUCUUUUUGACUAUCAGCAGGUAUAUGUUAGUGAUCAAGAUUAUGUAUUUUAUAAAGAAUUACUGGGGCUACCGUUUUCAGGUUUGAAUUCUCCAAUGUUGAUUUCCAAAUAAAAUGUUGAGUCACCCUG